AUGCCUCCUAAAACCCGAAAACGUAGAUCUGGCCUAAGACAAGAUGAAGUCACUUCAGCAUUGAAUGUUUUGAGAUCUAGUCCUUCUAUCGCAAAAAAACAAAAAACUACAAAUGAACCUAUUACCCAACCUUUGAAGUGUAUGAACAAUAAUGUUAAAAAUGCUGAUGUUGAUAUCAUUGAUAAUGAUAUUCAAAAUUCUCUUCAUGUAAUCACUAAAAGCCCACUUUGCUCUCGAUUUAGUGAAAUGUCAACAAAUAUUUUAGGAAAUUUACAUACCAAUAUAGAACACGAUUAG